AUGGCAGUCCCAGCAACAGUGCUGUAUUUCUCGACGUAUGACAGCUUAUUGCAUUGGUUAAGAAGCCGUCAGAGGAGUAGUGGUGAUAUGGCGUGGUGGAGUCCGAUGUUGGCUGGCGCAGAGAUAGGUAUGGCAAUAAAACGGUCGCAUCGAGCUGACGGACUGUUAACGUUUUGGCGUGGAUGGGCGCCGACUCUGAUGAGGGAUUUACCUUUUUCUGGUAGUGUUAACAGGUUGAAUCGACAUGAAACGACUUUCUCGAUUAGUUUUGUGAGCGGUGCUCUGUCGGGCUCGUUGGCCGCCUUCCUUACCGCA